AUAUCAAGGAUGCUGUUGCCACAGGCAAUGGUGAGUAUCUGUCAAUCCUAAGGAAACAGUUGUUCAUUUCUUUGCCACACCUGGCUUCACUGAAUUUGCAAUUGAAAUGUUUAUCAACAUUUUGCAAUGCCAAGUUUUGCUAUCAGAAGGUGAAGCCCACAGCUGUGAGAAUGGGCUGCUACAGUGAACUGGAAAGGUGGUGCUGGGAAAAUGUUGAAAUCGACCUAUUCCAAGAAAAUCGGAACUGUGAGAUGAAGAAGUUGAUAAAGGUGAUGGGAGCAAACAAGAUGGAUAAAGUGAGUGGCAGAGCAAGCAAAGGAUCAGGAGGUAUGACAAAAAUUGUGGAAACAUUUGAAGACCAA